AUGCUGGUUGGGGAGGUGAGUAUGUCCUGCAGUGGUGUGGUCUGUUGGCAGUCCGUCCUGCUGCUCAUCCUGGGGGCAGUGUUAUCCGGCCAUACUUCAGGAUGUCCGGCUCGCUGUGACUGCUCAGCGCAGGACAGGUCGGUGGUCUGUCACCGCAAACGCUUCAUCACCGUUCCUGAGGGAAUUCCCACCGAAACCCGCCUGCUGGACCUCAGCAAGAACCGCAUCAAGACCAUUAACCAAGACGAGUUUGUGGCGUACCCGCUGUUGGAGGAGCUGGAGCUGAACGAGAACAUCAUCUCAGCGGUGGAGCCUGGGGCUUUCAGUAACCUGCCCAACCUGAGGUCCCUGGGCUUGAGGAGUAACCGCCUGAAGCUGAUCCCUCUCGGGGUAUUCACUGGCCUCAAUAAUCUGACCCAGCUGGACAUUAGCGAGAACAAGAUUGUCAUCCUGUUGGAUUACAUGUUCCAGGACUUGUCCAACCUCAGGUCCCUGGAGGUGGGUGACAAUGACCUGGUCUAUAUCUCGCACCGGGCCUUCAGUGGGUUACACAGCCUGGAGCAGCUCUCCUUGGAGAAGUGUAACCUGACCACCAUCCCCACCGAAGCCCUGUCCCACCUGCACAGCCUGGUAGUGCUCCGGCUGCGCUUCCUCAACAUCAACGUGAUCCCCAACUACUCCUUCAAGCGGCUGUACCGGCUGAAGGUACUGGAGAUCUCGGACUGGGUCUACCUGGACACCAUGGCCCCCAACUGCCUGUACGGCCUGAACCUGACCUCCCUGACGGUGAGCAGCUGUAACCUGACGGCAGUGCCGUACGUGGCCAUCCGGCACCUGGUCUACCUGAGGUUCCUGAACCUGUCCUUUAACCCCCUGGGCGCGGUGCACGGCCACAUGCUGCAGGAGCUGCUCCGGCUGCAGGAGCUGCACUUGGCCGGCUCCCGCCUGCACACCGUCGAACCGUACGCCUUCCGGGGUCUCGGUCAGCUCCGGCUCCUCAAUGUGUCCGGGAACGAGCUGGUCACCCUGGAGGAGAGCGCCUUCCACUCGGUGGGUAACCUGGAGACCCUGAUCCUGGACCGGAACCCGCUGGCGUGUGACUGCCGCUUGCUGUGGAUAUUCCGGCGCCGCUGGCGGCUGAACUUUAACCGGCAGCAGCCCGUGUGUGCCAGCCCGGAGAUGGUCCACGGGAAGGAGUUCAAGGACUUCCCUGACGUGCUGCUGCCCAGUUACUUCAGCUGCAGGCGGGCACGCAUUCUGGACAAGGCGCCCCAGACGGUGCGUGUGGACGAGGGGCACACCGUCCACUUCAGCUGCAGCGCGGACGGGGACCCCCCUCCUGUCAUCCUCUGGGUCUCCCCCAGGAAGCAGCACAUCUCCAGGAAGACCAACGGUCGCCUCACUGUCUUCCCGGACGGGACCCUGGAAGUGCGCUAUGCCCAGCUCCAGGAUAACGGCAGCUACCAGUGCAUCGCCAUCAACGCGGGGGGUAACGACAGCACCAGGGCGACCCUCCAUGUCCGGGGGUACACCCCAGACUGGGGGCAGCAGGGCAACAAGACCUUCGCGUUCAUCACCAACCAACCCAACGACAGCAACGCCAACAGCACCCGCACCUCUGUGCCUUUCCCGUUUGACAUCAAAACCCUCAUCAUCGCCACCACCAUGGGCUUCAUCUCCUUCCUGGGGGUGGUACUGUUCUGUCUCGUCCUCCUGUUCCUCUGGAGCCGGGGCAAAGGCAACACCAAACACAACAUUGAGAUCGAAUACGUGCCUCGGAAAUCAGACGCGGGGAUCGGAACCACAGACGCCCCCCGCAAAUUCAACAUGAAAAUGAUCUGAGACUCUCCGCUGGCGAGAGA